CUUACUUAACUCCUCAGUUAAGUAGUGGGUAUAUAUUGUAAAGAAAGAGACGCGCAUUAUUUUUGGGCAUUAUAAUAACCCGAUGAUAAGUUGAUUAAGUUGAUAUAAUGAUGUACAUACAUAUGUAGCUUCUUCUGGAAAAGAUCUACUUGAUCUUCUUGACAGUAGUGAAUGGGAAGCCUUGCUGUAGAGACACGUUGAGUGACCUAUAUUAUCCUCUGAAGGUUUUAAGAAUGUAUUAGUUGUACGGAAUUCCAUUUGAAGCUCAUUGAUACGCCUUAAAAUUAUCCACUUGGGAUUUCUCUGCUUUGCCAUCCUCAAAUCACAAACAUCGAAAUGGAUUUACAACAGGACCUUGAGCAGUACAGGCAGACAUGCAUGAUAAAUAUUAGAGGGGACGAAGACACGGAAAUUGUCAUUGAAAAUUUAGACCAUUGCCGUUACGUAACUGAACACAGUCUCUCUGUUAAAGAUCUUUCCAGCGAGGUGGAAGCUAAUUCAGGUGAAAAUCCAAUCAUUGUUCACAUGGAUGAUGGGGAUUCGCCUUCGGAGGAGCAGGGUGGUAAUCUCCAAAAUACAUUCAGCAAAUGCCUUACAAUGUCCAAUAAGAAGAAGGGGUUCUCCAAAGAUAAGGAUAUUCCAGACCGAGACGGCUCAAGGGUGUAUGAUUUUGUUAUGACGAAAACGCUCACUCUUCCUCCCGCACUCAGCCCAGAAGAGGUACAACGUUUACGACGUAAAUGGGUCUGCAUCGGCAGUCUUGCCCUCUCAACGCUCUUUCUCGUCAUCAUCGUCAUCAUCGUGCUCGUCCUAACUUCAACAAACAAUUAUACCAAUUAAUUGAUUUAAUGUCCUCACUACUCGUCGAAUUAAUGUCCCGUUAAUUAAUUAAUAGUGACAUCCGUCCUCUCUUCACUGCUUGAUUGUGUUAUUUUUUCCUUACAGCAAGUUUUGUUUGUUAGUUUAUUAGUAGCAAAAAUCGACUAGUGAUUAUGAUUAUUGUUAGAAGUUUAUAAAAGUAUAUAUAUCGUUAAUUUUCUAUUACGUAUGGCACAAUUUUUCUGAAUGCCAUCCAUACAUUAAUUUCAAAUGACUUUUCCUACCACCAUGUAACCGAAAAGGAUAUAUAAUUUGCAUAAAAAUUUGAUUUGUUAAUACAUCGGUGGAUUGGAGAGCAA